CUCAGAAUUCCCUGCAUUUCACAUCCGCCACUGUUUUCCAACCAUGGACUACGUGCACGUUUCACUUUGCCUGCUUCUACACCUCCUCGGUUUUACAGCUCAUGGCACAGGUGUGGCAGAAAGUGACUUUUCUACAUUCACCGUGGCCCAAGAACAACAGCCCUAUGGACCAGUGGGUCACACCAUUCAUGGUCCAGAUGCGGUCACAGUGGGCGUGCCCUGUAGCUUUGUGUGCUUGGCUCAGUGCUCACCUGAAUGCAGUUACACAGUCAGCAUUGAUGACCGCAGCAUAGAGCACAAAGAGCUGGCCUUUACUAUAAAGCACUGGGAGAGCUCAAAAACGGUGACCUGCACUGCUAAAAACUCUGCCACUGGGAGUUCCUCCACAGUCAGGAAAACUCUCUACAUUUUGGAAGGGCCAGUAAACGUUUCCAUCAGCGGCCCACGCACUCUCACUCCAGGUGAGACUCAGCGCUUCCUGUGCACGGCACACUGCAGGCCUUUCUGUACGUACAUCUGGGUUGUUGAUGGAGAUUCAAUUGCCGGCUCUGGAGACGAGGUGGUCAUUAGGCCACCCUCAGAGGCCACCUCGGGGACCCUCAUAUGCAAGGCUACAAACAGCGUGUCUGGAUUGUUUGCUACUGCAAUUCUAAAACUAAGAGCUCCAUCUACAGCUCAGAGCACAGAUAAGGCAGAAAAGGAAAUUCCUUCUACCUACCAGGAAACUGUUGGCCAACUAUAUGGACCAGUGAGUCUUACCAUUUAUGGUCCAGAUGUGGUCACAGUGGGCGUGCCCUGUAGCUUUGUGUGCUUGGCUCAGUGCUCACCUGAAUGCAGUUAUACCAUCGGAGUUGAUGGUCAGAGCAGAGAGGGCAAUGAGCUGGCCUUUACUUUAAAGCAGUGGGAGAGCUCCAAAACAGUGACCUGCACUGCUAAAAACUCUGUCGAUGGACUUUCCUCCAGCACCACCAAGACUCUUCAGAUUUUGGAGGGGCCAGUAAACAUCUCCAUCAGUGGCCCACACAACCUCACUUCAGAUGAACCUGAGCGGUUCCUGUGCACUGCCACCUGCAGGCCCUCCUGUAACUACACCUGGAUUAUUGAUGGAGAGCCAGUGGAUGCCUCUGGAGGUGAGGUGGUCUUCAGACCGCCUACAGAGGCCACUUCAGCAACUUUGAUCUGCAAGGCCACAAACAGCGUGUCGGGAUUGUUCGCUACAGCAGUACGAAUGCUAGGUGCUUCAGUAAGGGGACUCAAUGGACCAGUGAGUCUUACCAUUUAUGGUCCAGAUGUGGUCACAGUGGGCGUGCCCUGUAGCUUUGUGUGCUUGGCUCAGUGCUCACCUGAAUGCAAUUAUACCAUCGGAGUUGAUGGUCAGAGCAGAGAGGGCAAUGAGCUGGCCUUUACUUUAAAGCAGUGGGAGAGCUCCAAAACAGUGACCUGCACUGCUAAAAACUCUGUCGAUGGACUUUCCUCCAGCACCACCAAGACUCUUCAGAUUUUGGAGGGGCCAGUAAACGUCUCCAUCAGCGGCCCACACAACCACACUUCAGAUGAACAUGAGCGGUUCCUGUGCACUGCCACCUGCAGGCCCUCCUGUAACUACACCUGGAUUAUUGAUGGAGAGCCAGUGGAUGCCUCUGGGGAUGAACUGGUCGUCAGACAAUCUACAGAGGCCACCUCAGAAACACUGAUCUGCAAGGCCACAAACAGCGUGUCUGGAUUGUUCGCUACAGCAAUGCAAAAAAUAGCUGUUUCAAGUACAAGUAACUACGGCAGGUCCUCAUCAGAAGACGCAGAGCUGCUGCCAAAACUGCUGUUUGCAUUCGUGUCAGUUUUACUAGCAGUAAUUCCACCAUGAACCAGUACAGAGUAUCAAUACUUCACUGAAUACUUUGAAUGUGCCGCAUUACUGUUAUUACAAACAUAACAAGGCUGAAAUCAACUCUGAUGAACAAACUGGGAUAAAUGACUCGAAAGUGAAAGAUCAUCACAUCGUGUUCAUAAUACAUGACACUUUCUGCAAAAACCCAUCUAGAAUUUUUCAAAAGGGUUUGAAGCAUUUCAGAAACAAUCCGUAUUUUGUUUAUAUACCAAUACCACACCAAUAGUACAUGGGAUAUGCACCUAUUUUCACAUAAUUAACUUUAUAUAGGGUUGCUUUUUAUAUGUGAUGUUUAUUUUAACUUUCAUUUAAUCUUACAGAUCAAUUAUUUGGAUGCAAAAGGGUGGAGCGUUGCAUUAUUUUGUCUGUAAGAAGAAUGACUUGAAAAUACAAAUAAAAUGUACAUUUUCCUUUUUAGUUUUUUUAAACUAUCAUUUGAUACAUUAUUGCAUUCCAUCUUCUUAAAAAUGCACAAUACUGUGUAGCUUCGCCACAUUAACUGAGAAUUGUAUUCAUGCUGUCUUAAUAUGGUAAUAAGUCCAAAUCUAAUGUGCUCACUUAAAAAGACAGUUCAACUUUAAUAAACUACAUUGA